GCCGCUAGAUCAAAGAAACGAUCAGAUUUUCUCCAGAGUUCAGAUAUAAACAUCUCCAUUGUGAAUCGUCGACUGCAGAUUACUUUUUUGUGUUGGGAGUAUUUUGUGGAAGAUGACAAUGAGCACGAUCGAGGUACAAAAAACAGUCUGUAUAAAAAUAAAGACCCGUCGCCAGAGAUGCACCGACUGGAGCUGCUGCUCAGAUACACAAUAAACUGUGGAAAUGUUGGUGGUGAUGGAGGGUUUGCGAGCGGCUGUCUUACCUGCACAUCACGAGGGUUACCGGCGGUCUGAAGACUGCUGCAGAUACCACAUUUGCUGAAGACGAUAAACUUCCUCACGCAGAUGCAGAAUCUCACGAUCUCUCCUGACCACCAUCAUCUCCAGAUCUUCAGAGCUACACAUGAAGAGUAAGACCCUGUUAUUCUAAACCACUGUUGUUCCUAAAACACAAUGGACCUUGAGGUUGGGGGUACAGGCCUGCGUGCGAGCGUAUAUGAAGAACCACCAUCUACCUGUCACUUCCUAAAGAGGACAUGUGUUAUUUAUAUCGGCCAGUAGACAACGGCACGGAUCAUCUACAAAAGGCCUCCGUCUGAACUUGAUUGUUCAGCUGCAGUUCAGGAGUCUGUCAUUGUUCUGCGCGCCUCCAUCCUACGACAGCCAUGGCACCCAAGAAAGCAAAGAAAAGGGCUGCAGAAGGAGCAAACUCCAAUGUCUUCUCCAUGUUCGAACAGGCUCAGAUCCAGGAGUUCAAAGAGGCGUUUACCAUCAUGGAUCAGAACAGAGAUGGAUUCAUUGACAAAAAUGAUCUGAGAGACACCUUUGCAGCUCUAGGACGUCUGAAUGUAAAACAAGAAGAGAUUGACGACAUGUUGAAGGAGGCAUCAGGGCCAAUCAAUUUUACAGUUUUCCUUACUAUGUUUGGAGAGAAACUCAAGGGUGCUGAUCCAGAGGAAACCAUCCUAAACGCUUUUAAAGUAUUCGAUCCGGAGGGAAAUGGAAUUCUGAAGAAGGAAUAUGUUACAGAGAUGUUGACCACACAAGCAGACAGAUUUUCUCCAGAAGAGAUGGAGCAGAUGUUUAUCGCCUUCCCUCCAGAUGCUAUGGGAAACCUGGACUACAAAAAUCUGGUUCACAUCAUUACACACGGAGAGGACAAGGAUCAGGAAUAGUUUAUUAGCAGUGCUUACUGUGUGUUUGUACCCACCCACUUAUUUAUGAUCGACAGGCUUUACUAUGUGAAUAAAGUCAUUUUUAGUUACUAAAA